AUGUUCUUUAGAUAUUUCACAAGGAGAUCUCUUCCUCCCAGCUCGAGCUGCCUCAUCACCCCUGCUGUGAACAUGGGGCCCCUUGUCAUUGCUACCCCGCUCGCCUUCCAUCCUUCAUGGCACCUUGCUCGAUCUCCAGCUGUCUGUCUCUGUCUUGAUGUUUCUCCUACGCUAGAUCCUUCUCUCACAUCGCUUACCCGAACGUCUUACAGUAGCGACAGCAAAGAUCAGAACCUCGAGUACCUCAUCGUACUUGUUCGGUUCCAACUCGUCAAAUUUCGGCAGCUUGUUGGGCGUGUCCUGCCAGUUCCACUCGAUGUCUUCCAGCUGACCCAUCAGAAGGAACUUCCGCCAGAUCUCACGAAGCUAUGGCAAGCAAGGAAGUGCUUCAUCCUCGCGAAACUCCGUGUCCUCGAACAAGCCCUCUUCUCGGUUCCUUGUACAGCGCCGCAUGCUCACUGCGUGAAUCCCCCGAGCUCGGGUCUGCAGGGCUUGUGCUCGCUCACUCCAUCUCUCUGUCGUAUGCACAUGGAGGCUGUAGCGCUCGAGGACGUUGUCGCCGACUUUGAAGACGUACAUUCUCUGAUUCAAGCUCUCCUCCCAGCAGUCCUUGUAGGGGAAGUCAACCACGCUUGA